CAUUAACAAAACACAGCUCCACAGGGAGUUCUCAUCUCACUUCUCUUCUCUUCUGUCCCUAUUUCUUAAUUUGAUGCUUCUUCGUCUCGCCAUUUCCUUUUCGCUGUCAUAUUUUUUUUAACUUCGCUGUCUCCCUAAACCGACCUUCGAAAUUCUCUAAUUCCUCAAUCCUCAUUUUCCUUUACCUGUACUGCUUAUGCUCACAGGGUUUUCUUUUUUCCUUUUUAUGGGAUCGACUCAAAUCCAGGAAGUGGGGAUUUUGAGUUGCUGAAUACUUGAGGUCUGUGGAGUAAAUUCCUUCUAAUUGCAGUCACAUUAUCUUCUUCCUUUAAUUUAUAAUUUAGGAAGAAGGGUUGAAUUCGUAGAUCUGUGUUACAAUAUUGAGUUUAUUUUUAGUUGUGAUGAUUGAGUGGAUUAUGCAGCAGUCUGGUGUGUUGGUUUCCUAAUUUGAUAGCCGCAACCAAGAAAUUAGGCUCUGUGAUAUAUGGGUUUGAAACGGAUUAUAUUGAAACAAUUCUGAAAUUUCGGUAGAUUUUGUCAUCUUGGUGGGAUUUAUCUGGUUUCGUCUGUGUGAGUUGAUUAUGGAACUGGAGAGAUCUCAUUACUGAGCUUAGAAUUACAAUUCAUUUUCAUAGGAGAUAGGCUUUGAAGUUUAACAUGGUCUGUGGCAUUUCAAAAUAAAAUAUUGGAAGAUCAUCCCAUUGUCAAGUCCUUUGAUGGUUCGGGAAGAUUUUGAAUAACAACUAUAUCUUCGUCGUCAACGAAAUUAUCUGCGGAGGUAUGUUUCUUCUUAGGUUCUUAUUGACACAUGUUCUUUCUCAGCUAAACUCUUAACCGUGCUUGUUUCAAAUCUGAAUUGGUUGGUGUUGCCACCAAAACAAAAAACUCUUUUGAUGAGAAGGUCUUUAGAUGUAAACAAUUGGUCCUUCUAAUCAUCUUGAAGGUUCAUAUUUGAUCUGGUGAUACAUAAUUUAUAGAUAAUUUUGUAACUUACUGCUAUCAGUUGAGUAUUAAAUUGAUGAAUCUCUCGUCAUUUCUAUAAUUAUUUUUAACCUGAAAUAUGCCUUCAUGGUGGGGAAAGUCUUCAUCCAAAGAAGUAAAGAAAUUGAACAAGGAAAGUUUUAUUGAUACAUUACACCGAAAAUUUAAGAUUCCAUCCGAAGAGAAGGGCAAUAUUAGAACAAGUGGAUCUCGUAGACGGAGUAGUGAUACAAGUUUUGAAAUAGGAUCUCGAUCCUGUGCUGCAUCAAGAUCACCACCCCCCUCCACAGAAGUAUCACGGUGCCAAAGUUUUGCAGAAAGGCCUCAAGCACAACCUCUUCCUCUUCCAGGGUUACACCCUGCAAGUGUAGAACGGACAGAUUCUGGAAUCAGUAUAUCUACAAAAAUAAGAUUGGAACAAUGCUCUAAGCCAUUGUCGUGUUUGCCACUCCCAAAACCUGGUUGUAUCCCACACAGGACAGAUUUAACGGAUGUUGAUGGAGAUUUGGCCUCUGCAUCUGUUUCUAGUGAUAGUUCAAUUGAUAGUGAUGAUCCAGUCGACUCACGGCUUCUUAGCCCACAGACAACUGACUAUGAAAGUGGGACCAGAACAGUGAACAGUCCAUCCAGCACAAUGCACAGGGAACAUUCCCCUAUCCGUACUCCAAAGAACUCAAGAGAAGUGCUGAAGCCAACUAAUCUAUUGUUCAACAGUCAGAUACUCUCUGCAUCACCUAAAUGGGGACCAUUAAGCAAUUAUGCGCCAAAUUUACAGAUUCCUCCCCAUGGUGCUUUCGGAAGUGCUCCAGACAGUUCGAUGUCAAGCCCUUCAAAAAGUCCUGUAAGAGCAUUUGGCACCGAUCAGAUUACUAGCUCUGCCUUCUGGGCAGGAAAAGCUUAUCCAGAUGUUUCAUUACUUGGAUCUGGUCAUAGCUCGAGUCCAGGUUCAGGUCAUAAUUCUGGACAUAAUUCGAUGGGAGGAGAUAUGUCAGGACAGUUAUUUUGGCAGCACAGCAGGGGAAGCCCUGAGUGUUCUCCAAUACCUAGCCCCAGAAUGGCAAGUCCUGGUCCUAGCUCCAGGAUACAUAGUGGUGCUGUCACUCCUGUGCAUCCACGGGCUUUAGGGGCAUCCAUAGAAACAUCAACAGGCUGGCAGGAGGAUGGGAAACAAAGCCACCGGCUGCCGCUCCCUCCUAUAACUAUUCCUAGUUCUUCCCCUUUCCCUACGUCAAGUUCGCCUCCAACAGUGUCCUCCUCACUUUCACGAAGUCCUGGAAGGGAAGAGAAUCCAACAAGUCCUGGUUUGUGUUGGAAGAAAGGAAAGCUACUGGGGGGAGGCGCUUUUGGACAUGUUUUUGAAGGCUUUAACAGUGAAAGUGGUGAAAUGUGUGCUAUGAAGGAGGUUACCCUAUUUUCAGAUGAUGCGAAGUCGAAGGAAAGUGCCAAGCAGUUGGGGCAAGAAAUUGCUCUACUGAGUCGCUUGUGGCAUCCAAAUAUAGUGCAGUAUUAUGGUUCUGAGACGGUUGAUGACAAACUGUACAUAUACUUAGAGUAUGUGUCGGGUGGCUCCAUCCAUAAGCUGCUUCAAGAAUAUGGGCAGUUUGGUGAACUGGCAAUUCGCAGUUAUACUCAGCAAAUUCUUUCAGGCCUUGCAUAUUUGCAUGCUAAGAAUACUGUCCAUAGGGAUAUUAAAGGAGCAAAUAUACUUGUAGACCCCAAUGGACGUGUGAAAUUGGCAGAUUUUGGGAUGGCAAAGCAUAUUAGUGGGCAAUCGUGCCCCUUAUCUUUCAAGGGAAGCCCUUACUGGAUGGCACCUGAGGUUAUAACGAAUUCAAAUGGCUGCAAUCUUGCGGUUGAUAUAUGGAGUCUUGGAUGUACUGUUCUUGAGAUGGCUACAACAAAACCACCUUGGGGCCAGUAUGAAGGGGUUGUUGCCAUGUUUAAGAUUGGGAACAGUAAAGAGCUUCCAGCAAUCCCUGAUCAUCUCUCAGAUGAGGGGAAGGAUUUUGUCAGGCAGUGUUUGCAACGCAAUCCGGUACAUCGUCCUACAGCUGCUCAGCUUUUGGAGCAUCCUUUUGUAAAAAGUGCUGCAGCUUUGGGGAAACCCAUUUUGGCCUCUGAGCCUACAGAAAUACUGCCUAGAAUUACUGAUGGAACGAGAACUCUGGGUGUUAGGCAUGUGAGAAACCUUUCUUCCUUGGAGGCAGAAGGACUAGCAAUCCAUCAGUCCAGGGAUACCAGAACUUGCGCUGCAUCCAGUGAUAACGUGCUGUGGAACAUAUCAUGUCCAGUUUCUCCCAUUGGAACCCCCAUUCUCCAUUCAAGAUCUCCCCAACAUGUGAAUGGAAGGUUUUCUCCUUCUCCUAUAUCUAGUCCCCAUACCACUUCUGGUUCAUCCUCACCCCUCACUGGAGGAAAUGGUGCCAUUCCAUUUCAUCACCUGAAGCAGUCAGCUUACUUGCAUGAGGGCUUUGGAACUAUGCCAAGGUCCCCAAACGGUCUAUAUGUCAAUGGUUCCACGUAUCAUGACCCCAGGCCUGACCUCUUUCAGGGGAUGCAGCCUGGAUCUCAGGUCAUACGGGAACUAAUGUCAUCCGAAAAUGAUUCUCUUGGAAAGCGGUUUGGAAGGCGUGCCUAUGGGGAUUCAAGGGAAUUGUAUGAUGGUCAGUCUGUGUUGGCUGAUAGAGUAUCUCAGCAGCUGUUGAGGGAUCUCGUGAAAUCAAAUCCAUCACCGGACCUUGGUCGUGGCUCCCCAAUGUUACGCCACACCAAUGGUUUCUGACUUCAUAACCUACCACUUGGAGCAGGCUCCUGAGCAUAUAUGAUUCUUUUUGCGAGUCUGGAAGUUGAUUUAUAAGCAUAUUAGUGGCAAAGAAGGCUCAUUUGUACAAUAAGGACCCCGAUUGGAAAAUCCUGGAAUAAGGUUGGAUCCUUGGAAGCCAAAGUGGCUAGCAGAGGUUUCUCAUUACGGCCUCGUUUCAGUUCCUCCACAUGGUAAGCAACCUUGGUAUCGUAGUUCAUUUAUUGAUGCCUGAGCUAUCUGCAUUCAAUUGAUUUUGGCGUAUGGCAAUUGCUGAAAUGUGCUUCAAGUCUUCAAGCUUUUUCUACUGGUCUGUUUUGUCAAUUUCCGAGGAACAUGAAAUGCUUGGAGCAGGCUCCUGAGCAUAUGGUUAAAAAAUGGCCAUAGCAGUUCCAUACAGUUAAAAAAAUGUUUGGUAGCGGAAAGAAACUGUACAUUUCAAGUCAUCAUACAAAAGAAGAGUAAGUUGGAAGAGAUUAGCAUUUUGGUAUGGGAAACUGGAUUGGGGUGCAGAUUUUUCAGGGAAGCAGUUGGGAAUUUGCAAAGCUUGCCCUGUUCAGUUAAAUACCACUUGAUUUUUGGAUCAGUAUUAACGGUUGUAGACUGUUCUACCUAAUUGCUGUAUGUACAUCAUAACUGCAGUAAAUUGAAGAAAUCUAAUUACAUUCCUCUGUCUGCUUCAUGUUA